GAAAGAGAGGGAACAAGAGAGUAGAGAGAGAGAGGGGGGAGUUUGCAUGCUGGGGUGGAGUUUUCGUUAGUCAGUUCUGACAAAAGGCCGGGAAUGAAGAGAGUAGAAAAUGGAAAAUAAAAGACUGCCAAUGCGAGAAAAUCACGCGUCCUUCGAAUUUCCCUAAAAUAGAUACUGUAGUGGGGACUUUCUCUCUCUAAAACGCACUUACCUUCAAUCCUCGUAGAGAGAGAGGGAUUCGUUAUAUUCUUUGUAGGUGUUAAGGCCAGCACUGCACACAUAAAAGGGCGUGGCUCUCACGUUGCUUUGGAGAAAAGGGGCCUGAGGCCGCCUUCGAGAACAAGCGUUUGAUUCUCUCACUAACCCAUUCCUCAGAUUCUUCCUAUUUUUGCCUGGUUUUGCAAAUUGGGUUCUUUCUCUGACUGGAAAAGCUUCAAGAAAUGGGUUGAUACAGAGAAUCUCAGACGAAAAUGGUGGUAAUUUGGGCUCUAUAUGGUAUAGAACCAUGAGAUUUGAUCUGAAUUUUUGUGGGUUUUGCUAGUGAAGAUCUGUAAUGGCAGGGGAAGAAUUGCUUGAGCUCAAAUUUAGGCUUUAUGAUGGAACAGAUAUUGGACCCAACAAGUAUCCCCCUGCUACCACAAUUGGUUCACUCAAGGAAAUUAUUGUGGCUCGAUGGCCGCAAGGCAAAGAAAAUGCUCCAAAAACAAUCAAUGAUGUGAAGCUCAUAAAUGCGGGGAAGAUAUUGGAGAACAACAAAACCCUUGCAGAGUCCAGGGUACCAGUCGGAGAGCUUCCUAGUGGAGUCAUCACUAUGCUUGUCCAUGUACGGGCUCCAGCACUGGAUAAGAACAAUGAGAAUCAGCAAUCAGAUUUGCCCAAGAAGAAUAGAUGUUCAUGCUCGAUUCUGUGAUAUCAGAGAGCACUCUGAUCAAUUUCAGUACUGUUCGUGAACUGAGAAUUGGCUGCGGAUCCAAAGCUAACUGGGUCGUGGACAUCUCUUGUUCUGUUUGUGUAUUCAGUAUAUUCAAUGGUUUCUUCUUUUACUGUAUCUUCUCAGAGAAGCAAGUGCUGGAAUUGUUGUGACCUAGAUCUCUGAAACUAUAAUUUCUUUCUGUGGAGGUCAUUCACAAAGGGAAGGUGAUGUAAAUUUGGGGUUUGAAUUUGUAGUGAGAGAAAGGAAGUGAUUGGAUCAUCAUAGAAAAUUGCAGACUGGGUUGCAAGCAAAACUUAGGGGCAGGGCACAUCUGGUUUCAUGGUUGGUGGCUUGAGCUCUUUUUUUUGGUUAUUUUUUCUGUUUGGGAGAAUCAUUUUUCUCUUUCUUGUUGUUUGGUUUCAAAGACACUCUAUUUGCUAUGAUUUCUUGUCAUCAGAUAUCAUGGAAAGCAGUAUGGAAGUUCAUGGGUUCUAUGUCAAUAUACCUGUCUACUUGUAUUUUAA